CCGAACUUUAUUAUCACAUAUCACAAGCAAACCCCCAAAAUCCACAAAUUGCCCACUCCCCACCACAACCUACUACUAGCCAACAGACAGCACUGCCUGAUCACCACACUUGCUGCAGGCGCAUGUUGGGCGCAAUUGAGCCCGCACGCAUAGUCUGACCAUCAUGGCGGACACCGGCAGCUCAGGUCCCACGAGGAUCGCCAUUCUUGGCAACGAAGACAUCGUCGUCGAUCACGGCAUCUGGCUAAACUUUGUGACUCACGACCUACUCGAAAACAUACAAUCGUCCACCUACGUCCUCAUCACCGAUACGAACCUCUACCAAACCUACGUUCCUCCCUUUCAGGCUGUCUUCGACAAGGCCGCUCCUAAAGAUGCCCGCCUUCUCACCUACGCCAUCCCCCCCGGCGAGUACUCCAAGGGCCGCGACACCAAAGCCGACAUCGAGGAUUGGAUGCUCUCGCACACAUGCACUCGCGACACCGUCAUCAUCGCCCUCGGCGGCGGCGUGAUCGGAGACAUGAUUGGCUAUGUUGCUGCCACUUUCAUGCGUGGUGUCCGCUUUGUGCAGGUCCCCACGACCUUGCUCGCCAUGGUUGAUUCCUCUAUCGGUGGCAAGACAGCCAUCGACGUCCCCAUGGGCAAGAACCUGAUCGGUGCCUUCUGGCAACCUCGACGCAUCUACAUCGACCUGGCCUUCCUCGAGACCUUACCCGUACGCGAGUUCAUCAACGGCAUGGCCGAGGUCAUCAAGACGGCCGCCAUCUGGAACGAGACCGAGUUUACAGCCCUCGAGGAGAACGCCGCCGCCAUUCUCGAGGCUAUCCGCUCCAAGGGCGUUAGCCCCUCCACCCGCCUUGCCCCCAUCCGCCACAUCCUCAAGCGCAUUGUGUUGGGAUCUGCCGGCGUCAAGGCUGAGGUGGUCUCGGCUGACGAACGCGAGGGGGGUCUCCGUAACCUGCUCAACUUUGGUCACUCCAUUGGCCACGCCUACGAGGCCAUUCUUGCACCCCAGGUCCUGCAUGGCGAGUGUGUCGCCAUCGGGAUGGUCAAGGAGGCCGAACUCGCUCGUUUCCUCGGCAUCCUUCGUCCCGGUGCCGUUGCCCGCCUAACCAAAUGCAUCGCGAGCUAUGACCUGCCCACCUCGGUGCACGACAAGCGCAUCGCCAGGCUAUCAGCUGGCAAGGAGUGCCCCGUCGAUGUGCUGCUCCGGAAGAUGGCCGUCGACAAGAAGAAUGAGGGCCGGAAAAAGAAGAUCGUGCUUCUGUCGGCCAUUGGCAAGACCCACGAGCCCAAGGCUACCGUUGUCGACGACCGCCCUAUCCGGGUCGUUCUGUCCCCUUCCGUCCGCGUCACGCCAGGUGUCCCGAAUGGUCUCUCGGUCAGCGUGACCCCGCCCGGCUCUAAGAGUAUCUCCAACCGCGCACUCGUUUUGGCCGCUCUGGGACAGGGCACGACCCGCAUUCACGGGCUCCUCCAUUCGGAUGACACGCAGUUUAUGCUUACUGCCAUCGCCCAGCUUCAGGGCGCCACCUAUUCUUGGGAGGAUGCUGGGGAAGUUCUUGUUGUCAAAGGCAAGGGCGGCAAACUGCAGGCCAGCGGCGAGUCACUGUACCUUGGAAAUGCCGGCACCGCUUCGCGCUUUCUCACCUCCGUUGUGGCGCUCUGCUCUCCCACCGCCGUCUCCUCCACCGUCUUGACGGGCAAUGCACGCAUGAAGGUGAGGCCCAUUGGCCCGCUUGUCGAUGCCCUGCGCGCCAACGGCGUUGGCGUCAAGUACCUCGAAAAGGAGAAGAGCUUGCCGGUUCAGGUGGAUGCUAAUUCCGGAUUCGCUGGUGGCGUUAUCGAACUGGCUGCUACCGUCUCGUCGCAGUAUGUCUCGUCCAUCCUGAUGGCUGCCCCCUACGCCCACAAACCUGUCACGCUCCGGCUGGUUGGCGGCAAGCCGAUCUCACAGCCAUACAUCGACAUGACCAUCGCCAUGAUGGCAUCCUUCGGCAUCAAAGUAGAGAGGUCAACCGAGGAUCCAAACACCUACCAUAUUCCACAGGGUGUCUACGAAAAUCCAGCCGACUACGUCAUAGAGAGCGACGCUAGCUCGGCGACUUACCCCUUGGCCGUCGCUGCCAUCACCGGCACUACUUGCACUAUUCCGAACAUUGGCUCUACGUCGCUCCAGGGCGAUGCCCGUUUUGCUGUUGAGGUACUCCGCCCCAUGGGCUGUACCGUUGAACAGACCGACAUAUCAACUACCGUGACCGGACCGCCUCUUGGGACGCUCAAGGCCAUCGAGCACGUCGACAUGGAGACCAUGACGGACGCUUUCUUGACUGCCUCCGUUCUCGCCGCUGUCGCUUCGGGGACCACCCAGAUCACCGGUAUCGCUAACCAGCGUGUCAAAGAAUGUAACCGGAUUGCAGCCAUGAAAGACCAGCUUGCUAAGUUCGGCGUUAUCUGCAACGAGCUUGAAGAUGGUAUUGAGGUGACCGGGAAACCGUACCAAGAACUGCAGAACCCCGCCGAUGGCAUCUACUGUUACGAUGACCACCGCGUGGCCAUGAGUUUCAGCGUUCUGUCAGCUAUUUCCCCUCAUCCCGUGCUGAUUCUCGAACGAGAAUGCACCGCCAAGACGUGGCCGGGAUGGUGGGAUAUCAUGUCCCAAGCCUUCAAGGUCCAACUGGCGGGGGAGGAGGACCCGACCGUGAAGCACGUCGUCAAGUCAGCACGCUCGGGCACAGACCGAUCCAUCUUUGUGAUUGGGAUGCGCGGCGCGGGCAAGUCUACGGCCGGUCGGUGGAUGUCCGAGAUACUGAAACGGCCCCUGAUCGACCUGGAUGUUGAGCUGGAGAGGAGAGAGGCCACGACAAUCCCGGAUAUCAUCCGUAGCGAGCGUGGCUGGGAAGGCUUCAGGAAGGCCGAGCUCGAUCUCCUCGAGGAUGUGAUCAAGAACCAAUCCAAGGGCCACAUUUUCUCCUGCGGCGGCGGCCUCGUCGAAACCGAGGAGGCGCGCAAGAUGCUCAUCUCGUACCAGAAGAACGGCGGGUGCGUCCUCAUGGUGCAUCGCGAUACCGACCAGGUCGUCGAGUAUCUGAUGAGGGACAAGAGCCGCCCGGCCUACUCCGAGAACAUCCGGGAGGUCUACUACCGCCGCAAGCCAUGGUUCGAGGAGUGCAGCAACUUCCAGUACCACAGCCCACACCUGGAUGGCUCCGAGUCGCUGCUUGAGCCCCCGUCUGACUUCAGCCGAUUUCUUUCCGUCAUCUGUGGUCAGUCCACGCACUUGGAGGACGCCCGCAAAAAGAAGCACAGCUUUUUCGUCUCGCUGACUGUCCCCAAUGUUUCCACGGCACUGGAUAUCAUCCCUCGGGCCGUUGUGGGAUCUGACGCUGUCGAGCUGCGUGUGGACUUGCUGGAGAGCUUUGACCCAGAGUUCGUCGCACACGAAGUUUCCCUCCUCCGAUCCGCGGCCAAGGUUCCUAUCGUCUACACGGUACGCACGGUCAGUCAAGGGGGUAAGUUCCCUGACGAAGACUACGACCUGGCCCUACAGCUGUAUCAAGUUGGCUUGCGUACCGGCGUGGAGUACCUUGACCUGGAGAUGACGAUGCCCGUUAACGUUCUCGAGGCCAUGGGCGAAUCGAAGGGGUUCACCCGUAUCAUUGCGUCCCACCAUGAUCCCCAGUCCAAGCUGUCGUGGAGGAACGGCUCAUGGGUCCCGUUCUACAACAAGGCGUUGCAGUACGGCGAUAUCAUCAAGCUCGUGGGCAUGGCCGGCGAGGUCAGCGAUAAUUUUGCUCUCACCAGCUUCAAGACGAAGAUGCUCGCUGCUCACGACACCCCCAUCAUCGCGCUGAACAUGGGCCACGCGGGCAAACUCAGUAGGGUGCUCAACGGCUUCAUGACGCCGGUCUCUCACCCGGCGCUGCCAGCCAAGGCCGCGCCCGGGCAGCUCUCGGCUACGGAAAUCCGGCAGGCACUCGCCCUCAUUGGUGAACUCGAGCCCAGGUCUUUCUAUCUCUUCGGGAAGCCCAUCAGCUCAUCGCGCUCGCCCGCACUUCAUAACACGUUGUUCGGCGCAACCGGCUUGCCUCACAGCUACUCGAAUUUUGAGACAGACAACGCUUCGGACGUUCAGGACCUCAUCCGCUCCCCGCACUUCGGCGGCGCCUCGGUGACCAUCCCGUUGAAGCUCGACAUCAUGCCGCUCCUGGACAACAUCUCGGAUGCCGCGCGCUUCAUCGGUGCCAUCAACACCAUCAUCCCCGUACCGUCCGCGACCGGGGACAAGCCAACCCUCCUCGGCGAUAACACCGACUGGAUGGGCAUGGUCUUCUCGCUCCGCUCCGCCGGUCUCGUCCAGCGGACCGCGGCGUCCCCCGGGGCCGCCAUGGUGGUCGGCUCGGGCGGCACCACUCGGGCGGCCAUCUACGCGCUCCACUCCCUGGGUUAUGCGCCCAUCUACGUGGUCGCACGCACCCCGGAGCGGGUCAAGGAGCUCUCGGACGGCUUCCCCGCCGAGUACGACAUCCAGCGGCUGGCCACGCCCGAGGAGGCGGCCGCCGUGGCCGGGCGGGACGCGCUCCCGGGCGUGGUCAUCAGCACGAUCCCGGCCGACAAGCCGAUCGACUCGGGCAUGCGCGAGGUGCUGGUCGCCGCGCUGCAGAGCGGCGGCGCGUCGGGCCAGACCAAGGGCGAGCCGCGCGUGCUGCUGGAGAUGGCCUACAUGCCCCGGCACACGCCGCUCAUGCAGCUGGCCGAGGAUGCCGGGUGGACGACUAUUCCUGGGUUGGAGGUGCUUGCUGCACAGGGGUGGUAUCAGUUCCAACUCUGGACGGGGAUUACGCCCAUCUACGCUGAUGCGCGGGCUGCUGUUCUGGGCAGCGAGUCUUCGUAGGGGGUUGGGGGUGGGUGUUGGGUGCGGAAGGCGUGGUAGAUAGAUACCUACUUGGCUUCGGGGCUGGGUGCCGGAAGCUGGGAUAGAAUAGAAGCAGAAGCAGUGGUAGUUUUCAUGGGGUUUUGUUGUAGAGUUCUCUGCAUUCUUAGGAAACAUGGUUUGGUUUGUUUUCCAAACUCUUGUGUCAUUCCCAUUUCUCGCAGGGUGUUUUUGUGAGUGUGUGUGUGCUUCUUCCGGUCAUCUACAUUCCAUUUGAUGGGCUAUGUUUGUUUACCACCCCCGAGGAGGCGAGUGUCUAGGGGAGUAUGGCCUGCACCGUCUGCAGCCUGGUAGCGUACCCGCCAUGGGUCAACCCGGGAACAAUUAGAGUUCUGACGAGUUCCCCCGCCAUCGGUUCUUUUCUGCACAACAAC